CAAACAUUUCGGGGUUUUAGCGUAAUAUACAACUAUUUUGGGGCACAAAUUGUAAAUAUCGAAUUCUACACUGGGGGCGGCUAAUUUCCGGCACGAUUGAUCGAUCAUCAUCAAUGGGAGGAGACGAGAGAGAGCGAGAGAAACAAUGGGAGAGGCUGCGAUCCGUACCAUCGUCGAAGCCAUUCACUCAUCUCCGACGCAGGCCGUCGUCUAUCUUUCCGGCGGUGCCUCUCUGGCUUUAGGUUGGUUGAUGUCUGUUCCUGGAGCUUCCAACACGCUUCUCGAAGCCGUGGUUCCUUAUUCCAGAGUUUCUAUGGUCCAAUUACUCGGCAGGGUUCCGAGCCAACACUGUAGCCAAGCAAUGGCCAAGGAGAUGGCCUUGUUAGCCUACAAUCGGGCGCUUAAGCUCUCUAAACCAGGAUAUCCGGUUCUUGGUGUCGGUUUUACGGGAUCAUUGGCAACUUCUCCUCCUAAGCGUGGGGAUCACAGGUUCUUUUUGUCUAUGAGAGCAUCCAACCGGAUUUGGGAAUCUUCAGUCACUCUAACUAAGAACUUACGGAGCCGAGAAGAAGAAGAUAAGGUGUCAAGUUGUGCACUGAUCCAGGCUAUGGCCAAAGCAUGCCAAGUUUCUGGGACACUUGACUCUGGCUUGACCGAGUCUGAGGUGCCUUAUGAGUCUGAAACCCACUUUACUGAAGAACAAGAACUAGAGCAGCUUAUAAAUGGGCACUUGUGCUGUAAGAUUUAUCCAUUUUCUGGGGCACAUGGGUCUGAUGAAGAUAGAAAGAUUAUACUGCCUGGCUCUUUUAACCCAUUACAUGAAGGUCAUCUUAAGCUGUUAGAAGUUGCUAUGAGAGUUUGUGGGGGCGGGUACCCAUGUUUUGAAAUAUCUGCAAUAAAUGCCGACAAACCACCGCUUUCAGUUACACAGAUUAAAGAUCGUGUCAAGCAAUUUGAAGCAGUUGGAAAGACAAUAAUAGUUUCAAAUCAGCCAUACUUCUACAAGAAAGCUGAACUCUUCCCAGGAAGCAGUUUUGUAAUUGGCGCUGACACUGCAGCAAGGCUUGUCAAUCCAAAGUACUAUGAAGGAAGCUACAAAAGGAUGUUGGAGAUACUUGGUGAUUGCAAACGGACAGGUUGCACUUUCCUUGUUGGUGGCCGCAAUGUAGAUGGUGUAUUUAAGGUUCUUGAAGAUCUUGAUAUUCCAGAGGAAAUCAUCGACAUGUUUAUCUCAAUUCCAGCAGAUAUAUUCCGGAUGGAUAUAUCCUCUACAGAGCUUAGAAAAAAACAAGGGGGUAUUACUUCAUAAUACACGAAGUAAUGACCGUUCAACCCGCAUGAAAGUCUUGGCUUGCAAGAAAAUUUCUUUAGUGCAGUUGCUUUUUGAUUUGAUCUGUAUUGUUCCAUUCUAUUCGUUAUUAUGGAAUGCUUACAUAUUGUACAAAACAAGCUGCAUCAGCUUGGAAAGGGAAAUUUUCUUUGUUCUUGCCAUGCUUGUGAAAAAAUAAGAACCAACCUUCUUAGCUUGGUUUUAUGUUU